GCACUUCCUUCGACAGUGGACCGACAGCCGAACGACAUUAGGAAAAGGCUAUUUUAAGCUAGCGGAAAAUGGACGACCUUCCAGUGGGAUAUUACAGGGUAGAGCUAAACAGAACUAUUUGGGAAGUACCUGAAAAAUACAAAGAUCUUAGUCCCAUUGGAACGGGUGCUUACGGACAAGUGUGGUAAGUCAAAUGCAGUUGCACUUCAAGAGACUACUUUUGUACAAUUAGUUCUCAUUAAGACUUAAUAACCACAGCCCCAGUAUUUACUUAAAGAAAGUAUACACAAGUAUUACACAUAUAUGAAAAUGAGCCACACGCACACGUGCUGUUUUGCUUUUUUUACCUCGUUCAGGACUGUGUGGCAACACUGCUAGAAUGCAGGUAAUGAUCGAACCUUUGACUAUGACUCACUACUUUCGAGAGGUUCGAGUUUAUCUGCAUUCUAGUUAACUUCUUUGUUUGUGUUACUACAUCAGUCGUUAGAUUUCGCUGUAAUUGUUAUUUUGUCCUAGGAUCUUGUGUUUCUAGAGCAACACCUCACCGAGAAAAUAUAAUGACAUAUUUGAUUUUUCCUUGUAACCACAAGAGAUUUUAAGAUAUCAUAUCUUGAUCUCCCAUAUCAACUUUUCAAUUAUUUCUGUGAAAUUAUUUGCCAGUGUUAUGGUACAGUGCCUUUAGAUUCAUUCUAAAUGAAAGUUGAAAAAUUGAUUCCAUGGUUGGGAAACAGAUUGGACCUUGGGACUGCGAUCUGUGAAGAGGAUGAGACUACAAAUCAGACCUGUUACACCUUUCACUAUUGACAAAAGUGUCAACCUGCAUAGUUAGGUCAAGAAUUUCGGUAGAAAAUGUUUUGAAUUUAGUGGUAUGAUAUCAGCUCAGGGUGUAAAGAAAGUCAGUUUUACAGCCUGCCAUUCGGGCAAGCUGUAGCUAGCAUGUACUAGCCCACGAGUCAUUUCAACUAGCCCAAAAACCCUUUUUGAUUGCAGGAUUGAUUACCAUCCUUCUGUAAUUUGAAUUUCCCAAAAAAAUUCACUUGCCCGUCGGGCAAGUUAAGAACAGAAUUCACUAGCCCGAAAGCAAAAUCCACCAGCCCCGGGCUAUCGGACAUGACUUUCUUUGCACACUGCCCCUAAAAAGGAUGCUAGGAUUUCCACAUAGCCUUAUGCAUAUUUCCUCAUAUGUAUUUAGUACUUUCAUAUAGUAGAGUGCAAAGAAAUUUGGUUUAAUAGCUAGCUUGUAAAAAGUUCUUGACCAGCAGGACUUUCCCCCUACAACUUUACGUGCCCAUCAGCCUUAGAACAGAAUUCAUCAAGGGUGGCACAGUUGAUUGGUGCGCGGCCUACGGUGCGUGAGGUCCCGAGUUCGACCCGCCAUGACAUCACAUCCUUGCUUCAACUUCUCUCCUUUCUGUGUACCUUUGACGAGCUUUAAACACCCUUAAAAUGGAGCACCGUUGGAGAGAGGGGGGUAAAAUGAAUGCUCCGUCAACCUCAAGUUUAUCAGUCAUGUGUGGUUGCUUUACCUUUUUUUACCUUUUAUUAGCUAUAGCAGAAUCCCCUAGCCUCAGGCUAUCCGUCAGACAAAAACUUUUUUGCACUCUGAUAGAGUCAGUAUUGCAAUGUUACUAGCCAGCUGUAAUGUAGCAAUAUAUAUUCCAUGAAAUCAAACUUUUCCAUUCAAAAUGGAAAAGGGGUGACCUGAUACCUCCUUUACAAGAAAAUAGGCCACUUCCGAGUUCCAAAAACCCUCACUUUCAAAAUGAGGCCAAGUGCACAACCUUUCUUGCCAAAAUGAGUUUUGUUUGCAGAAAUGGCCUAUUGAUACCAACUAGGUAAAUGGUGAAGCAGCUUGUAAGAUGUUUGUAUUGAAAGAUAAUUAUUGCAACUUAUUAUUUUUUUCUGUUAUAAACUCAAAGCUCGGCAACAAAUGUUGAAACUGGAGAGCAGGUUGCUAUCAAAAAGUUAUCUCGCCCAUUCCAGACUACCAUGCAUGCAAAGAGGUCCUUCAGAGAAUUGAAACUUUUACGUCAUAUGAACCAUGAAAAUGUAAGUGAAUAGUUACCAUAUAUAUGAAUGCAGAAAUCACUUAACACUUGAGAUGAUCAAACCAUAAAAUAUUUUUACAUAGUGUAUUAAUAGUGAGCUGCAUGUAGCUUACUUGUAAUGUGUAGAUUCACCCAAGGCUAAAAGAGAAGCUUCCGUUAAUAAUUUAUAAUUUACUUCAAACAACAAACUUGUUACCAUCACAAAGUACUGAAUCCACUUGGAGUUGAGUCCGCGAUCAGUUGAAAACUAAUAACCUGUCAGCGGAUAACUUAAAAGAAAAACAGGUAGCCUCGAUGGGUGGACACUUAAGUCUGUGAUAUGGUCAUUUGAUACUGGUCAGCAGAUACCCUGUUUUGACAGCUGUCAAUUGACCACAACAUGGAUGUGCAAUUAUAUCAGGCUGUUGGCUCCUAUACUAGCUAGAAAGUGUGAGAUUUUAUAUUGGUUUCCCUGUGGUGCAGGCGGAUGGGUGGAUGAUCACAUGACUACCAAAAUUUCUUGGAUGGAUAGAUAACCAAAUGUUCUUAGCUAUGGGGCUCUGCUUGAAGCACAUGCAUGGAGCUCCAUUAUAAAACACAUAGAGCAGUAUUUGGCCAAUAGAUAGUCACAAGUCCAGCUUCAGUUUCAAAUAUUGCCUUGAUUGUUGUCCAUUGCUAUCAGAAAUUUAUUAUUACUGAUAUCUUGCAGCAGAUAUAGCCUAGUGCAGACUUUGUAAAUGCAAAUAUCUAGUAGGGUGGCAUUAAGAUGAGAAAUUAAGGGGUUGGUUUUUUAAGAAACUGUGGUGUUGUGUUGGUCACCAUUGGAAGUUGUAGAAGCUGACGUUUCUAGCACUUGUCCCUCAUCAGAAUGACACAAGGAUGGCCAAUAAUAUACCUUAUCAACUUGGUUUAUAAAACCAAAUAUUUACAACGAGAUGACAUCUUUGAGUGAAAUAAACCAAUCUUGCUCAAUUAACUGGAAUGGUCAGGCUGGGGGUAUAAUUAACUUUGUGAGGAACGUUUUUACAUUUUCUACCAACCUGGAGACAGUUUUCCAUGAGCACUAAGUUUGCUAAGUAGACGUUAUUGAGUCAACGUUUUGUAGCCUUAUGGAUCUGUCAUUCAAAAUAAAGCAUUAUCGAGCAAUAACCCACCCUGUUAUCUCCUUACAGGUCAUUGGUUUACUUGAUGUAUUUACUCCAGACACAUCAUUUGAUGAAUUUAAAGAUGUGUAAGUGUAAAUUUGAGGAUACCAAAUACGAUCUUUAUCCUGUCACUUUAACUAUUUUACAUCAUUCCCGUUAUCUGUAGUAUUUUUUCUAACAAGAUUUUUGCUGCAACUUUAAUUAUCAUUAUUUGAUAUUUAAAGUACUUGUUAUUAAUUAAGUACAAACUUUUAUCAACAUUUAAAUAAAUUAAUCUGAGUUUGAGUGCUACUAUGCUGAUCAUGUUCAUUUAACUUUUUAUUACUGUUUUCAUUGUAAUCGCUAGAUACAUGGUAACAGCUCUCAUGGGGGCAGAUUUGAACAGCAUUCUUAAAUGUCAAAAGCUGACCGAUGAACAUGUCCAGUUCCUCGUGUACCAGAUAUUAAGAGGACUUAAGGUAUGUAACAUAGAAACAUGCAGGAAUCCUUUACAGCUUCACCCACAAGAGCUAAAAAAGGCCUUCAAGAAUUUAUUUGUUGGCAAACAAACGUGACAGCCCUUUGGUUAUUUGCGUGCUAAAUUGAAAUAAUGUUGGCAGCAGUAAAUCAGUUAGAAAUCAUCAUUUUUGUGCUUAAUCAUCUCACUGUUUUAGUAGACUAAAACAAAUGUCCACCUCAGUGUCUGUGGCUAGUGGUGGAUAUUUACCUCGCUGCUUCAUGGCUCGGAAAAUGCCCGCCAUGCCACUAGCCACCUCCACUUUAGUGAAUAAUAAUUAUUAUUCACUGAAGUGGAGGUGGCUGGUGGUGUGAUUUAUCAGCUCAGUUGAUAAAACCAAAUUCCACAAACACAACCCUGCAGUUUCCUUAGAAUUAAGCUCUUCUUUGAAAUAUUUAACAUUGUGUUUAUUUGUUUCAGUAUGUACACUCAGCAGGAGUCAUUCAUAGGGUAAGAAAAUUCAUAACUAUUACAUUGUUUUACAGUAACAGAAACCAUUUGGAUUUAAAACCAGCAAUAGUGUUUAUGACUGUGAAAGGUUUGAACCCAGGAGUCAUUUCAAAAGUAGGUUGAGUUUGAUCGUCCGGGUGAAUGUAGUCCUGAAUAGGACUGUUGUUGUUGACAGUGACUGACGUUUCGACAACCUGUGCGGUAGUCAUCUUCAGAGUCAAAGUGAGUUGUAUCACGUCAGUUGAUGGUAUUAUACUCUGGUUAUUGAUCUGAUUGGUCAAUUACGUCGAGAUGUUAUUGGUCGUCUGUCAGUUAAGCCGUGAUGUUAUUGGCUAUGAAGACUCGUAAUCAGUAAUAGUGUUUAUGUCGCUUUUCCAUCCUUUAUCUGUUUUUAGGUUUUUUCAGUUCACUGUGAAUAACCAGGUUAAAGAAAUAAGUACAGCCCUUUCAUCCAAGUCAUCAAUUUUAUUUUGAUUUUGGCUUUUUUAUGUUAUCUUACUUAUAAGGACUUGAAACCAAGCAACAUAGCUGUUAAUGAAGAUUGUGAGUUAAAGGUGAGUUGUUUUUUUCUGCAUGUUUAUUAUCCAUGUUGGAUUUGAGGUCUCCUCUUGCCAUAAAAAGAUAUUUUGGCACAUUACUACCUCAAUGAUUAAAAUAGAGCAACAGGAAAAUAUUGAUGCAAUCACUCAAAGUAUAUUCCUUAUUGUAACACAUCAGGAAAAAGAUGUUGACUUAUUUUUGUGCAUUGUUAAGAUAAUAUUAAAUUUUAAGUUUAUUAAUAAUUAAAAUCACCGAGUUUUUAUUGGUAGAUUCUGGACUUUGGUCUUGCAAGGAUGGCAGAAGAGGAGAUGACUGGAUACGUAGCCACACGCUGGUACAGGGCACCUGAAAUCAUGCUUAACUGGAUGCACUACAACAAAACAGGUUUGCUGCAUUCAUUUUGUCAUAAUUUACUGUUGUCCUAAAAUUGUUGUUUGUGAAAUAUAAAGAUAAUGACCUCAAGCUAAUAAUGUUUUUAAAAUAUUUUGACAGUGGACAUUUGGUCUGUUGGAUGUAUUAUGGCUGAGCUGUUGACCUCCAAGACAUUGUUUCCUGGAAAUGAUCAUAUCCUUUCACCCAACAGACUGACCAGGGAUCUUCUUAAGUCUCGGAAAGGGUGAAAAAAUCGCGUGGAGAGGGAAGUGAAAGGGAGAGAGUCUGCAGACAAACCUUUGAGGCUACUAUUCUGCCCUCUUGUCUUGUAACUGCCUAUCAUCUGUAAGCAAGAUAAUUAUCUGUCACUUGCAUACAUGGGAAUGUAAUCAAUUUUGUGUGUAAAAAGGGGGUUUGGUAGGCAACACACAACUUUUACCUCAUGUCAAAAUGCUGCUUGUCCCGGUGAGUUUUUUCUCUGGCUGGUAGAUUAUGCUCUGGAGGGUUAAGUUUUGACUCAGCAAAUCUGAUUUUUACCACUUAUUUCAUGCCAAGAGGUUGUGACACACAUGUUGAUAUUCUGUGGUUAUUUUUUCUGGUUGCUGUGAUUUACCCUCUGAUGCAAGAACAUUUUAUUUGAGCUCUUUUGAAAUGUAAAGCUCCUCAUUGCAGCUCAUUAUUAGCUCAUUAGUCAAGCGCAUGAAGACACCAUGUUAAAGACCAGAAGACCUGUUUACAAGUGAUUAUUCAAAUUGCAUGCUAUGUGCUGACCAAAAAGGCGAUGUUUACCAAACCUGUCAACACUCAAUGUUCUCUCCAAUAGGAGUUUGAUUCACAGCAGGUGCCGUGGAAUGGUGGUUCCAAAGGUUUGCCUACAGGCUCUCUUACCCUUUCCUCAAACAGAUGUAGCCUGUUCACAGGCUACUUGACUCCCAUGGAAAGCUUCUUUGCAAGGCAGUUUAUUGAGAGAAUGGGUCAUUUCCGAGUUGCCCCUAAGGUUAGCCUCUGUUUCAAAGCAUAGAAAAGUGCAAAGACAUUGAUAUGAAAAUAAUGGUUUUAUCCUCAUGCAAAUAAAAGUGAUUAUCACAAGUUUUUGCACUUAUAAGCCUCAUUUGAAAGGUAAGAGCUUUUGGAACUCGGAAAUGGCCCAUGGUCAGUAAAAACAUGGCAAACUGAAAGAAUAGUAGUUCGCAAAAAUGCGACCAUUCUAAAUGCAAAUGUGUAAUAAACUGAGUUAGCCCCUAUAAAAAUCAAAGGACUACCAAUAUGGUUGUGCUCAAAAUCUGAAAUUUUCCUGGAUGUUGCAAACAGGAACCUGUACAAAAUCCUCCAAAUCAGAGCUUUGAAUGCAAUGAAAAUGGUACUAAAAUGUUUUAGAUUAUUCAAAGUAAAAGCAGUAUUCCAGAUGUGGAAACUGGUUAAACUGCGGAAAAAUGCUGCUUAGUUUAACUUGAGGCUAUGCUGUGGUAGUUGUUGGUUGUUUAUCUUAACUUUACCAAAAUAUUGAUCAAUUGACACGGAUAAUGAAGCUUGUUGGCAAACCAGAUCAAGAGUUUUUGGACAAAAUUAGCAGUGAUUCUGUAAGUACAGCCGAUGUUUUGUUUUUAUUUGUCUUGAAAAAAUUUUGUGGAAAUUUUAACGUGUCUUAUAUGUACAGUGUAGAGAGAAAACACCUUUGCAUGGAAGUAUAAAUUUUAUAAUUUUAUAUACUCAUUUUUUACUCAUUUUUUACUCAUUUUUUAUGCUCAUUGGCUCAGUUUGUCUUACUUUUAAUUAGUAAUAAUUGAAUACGUAGAGAAGGGAUUAUUUAUACCACAAAAACAAAAAUAUGUUUUCUGUUUACAGUAAAUAGUUCAAAUAACUAUUAUAUUAUUUUAUUUAUAGUUAUUAUAUUCCCUUCAUACUAUUGAAAAUCAGUGCUUUAAAAAUCAACUAGUGCCGUUUUCUUUCAAGAAAAAUAUAUUUUAAUGUCAAUUUUUGUGUCUUCACAGGCAAGAAAUUAUAUACUGUCAAUGCCCGAGUAUGAAAAGAAACCUUUCUCAGAUGUCUUUCUACAGGCUAACCCUCAAGGUAACUAAAUUGUUUAGUGUUGACUAAACAAUAGUCAAUAUUUUCACCAUACUGAAAAUCUUCUUAGGAAUAUAUAUUAAUUUUCAUGAAAGGUUAAUACGUUCCUUUUUACACAAGAAUGUUUUCCAUCUCAAACAAUAAUAUCACUUUUUUUAUAAGAUAAACCAUUAUAAUAAAACAUAAAAUAGCCUGUUCCUGGAUACUAGCUAUUUCCUAUGGGACAGAUCUCAAACCACUUUUUUGUUUGCUUGUUUAUUUGUUUGUUCAAUCAGCUGUAGAUCUGCUGGAGAAAAUGCUUCUUCUUGAUACGGACAAUAGACUGACUGCAGAAGAAGCCCUUGCUCAUCCUUACCUUGCUACUUAUGCUGACCCAGAUGAUGAGGUACAGACUUACACUCAAUCUGCUUCUAAAUUUUCCUUAAUGUUACCUUAAGAAAUCUGUCUUUGAUCUGAUAGCACUAGAAUCUUAGGUUAUUACUUAUUUGCUGUACCCUGUGCAAGUAUAUCCUAUGUGAGAGCUUUGCAAACUAUUAGAUUUAGAUUAAGAUUAGAAAUUACAGAAGUUAAUCAUGUUCUUUGAGCCCAUUCUGUUUUCCAUUCUUUCUUUGUGGGGCCGGGGGUACAAUGAACAGAAUUUGAUAUACCACAGUAAGAUCUAGUAACACUAUUGUACUUGUUUGAUCGUGUUUCAACAAGCUGUGCUGCUGUUGGAUGAACUUUUGAUGGUGUAGCCUAGUUUUAAUAUAAACAAUACCAACAACAAAUGAGUCAAAUGAGUGAUACAUUGAAUAUUUCAAGAAUACAGAUACUCAUCAUUGACUGGUUAUGUACCACAGAUCCCUCCCUUUAGUUUUACCUUUUGAUUCACUGAGUUCAGUCAGUACACGGCAGUUAACUGAACUGAAGUUUUGCAAAUUAAAAAUUCUUCCUACAGCCAACGUGUGAGCCAUUUGAUGAAGUUCAGUUUGAAGCUAAGGAUUGGCCAACAGACAAAUGGAGAGGUAAACUGUUUUGUUGUAAUUUUAUCUGUGUUUGUAAUUUAUGGAUCAAAAAUGACCUGAAGUCAAGUACGUUCCAUGGUGAGAUUUUAGGAGACAUGCCUUCCCGUUAGUUCCUUCUUCAGGAGUCACCAUGGAUUGUGGAAACUCACUGAUGGUGGAGGGGCUAUACAUGUAGCUGGGAGGAACCUGUUCCCAGGGAUAUCUCAACACUACGGGUGGGAUUGAACGUGUUCUUUACCUCAAUCCCCCGACCCCCUAAACCCCAGUGGGAUGGUAGUUCUGCCUCUGUAAUCAUUCUUACAUCAUGUUUUUUUUCUUUUUUGAAGAACUAUGUUAUAAAGAAAUUCUUGACUUUAGAGCGAAGAAAGAAGAGGAUGCCAUGCAGACUGGCUAAUGAGAGUGAAUGACAUUGAGACAAGAACUUGGUUUUUUAAAUUAUCUCUACCAUUUUAGUAUCAGAGAUGUCUUUUGAAGAAAAGUUGCUAAGAUUAUUGCCGCUUGGUACCUUUUGACCUCCAAACACCUGAAAAAUUUUUAAGUCACUGAAAAUAUUGAAAACUGUCAAGUACAUGUAAGACUAUACUAUUAGAUAUCAUACUUUCAGCAAACCUAAAUUUCAUUCAUGGAAAAUCAACAACUUACAUUGUUACUUAAUUUAUCACUCCACAGGUAUUUUAAGUUUGUCAUGUAAUUGAUGUAAAAUACAUUGUAUCAAAAACUGUAGAAGAGUACAAAAGAAAUGGAGGAAAAUCUUUAAUGGCUGAGCUGCAUUUGCCUAUGGUUAAAACACUUCGGCCCAUCUUUUUAAGUUCUGUCAAUUUCUAGAAAAGUCUGAUUUCAUCAAGACAAGGGCAUGCUUUUGUUAUUGUGUCCCUCCAUGUUGUCAGUAAAAGACUUGCUUUGCCAAUUCUGAGUUAGAACAUGCAAAGACAUACUGCCUGUUCUGUUUGAUUGAAUGCAUGUAUAAAUAAAGAACUAAGAAAUACCAAGCUAGUAAAAACUAUGCACUUCCAACUUGUCAAAGUAAAGUGUAAAGUUUGUAUACUGUAAAACGAGUGUUAAAGUAUUAAAGGUACGUAUUGCCAUG